UAUGUAUAUGUAUACAUAAAAAAAUUAUUUUCGGAUACUUAAAUUUAUAUUGUAAUCAAAUUUAAUGAUAUUAAAAUAAAAAACUUAGAUUUUAAACUGUUAUAUAUAUAAUUUUAAAAUAUAUUACUAUACUGUUAUUUAGAAAGAGGUAAAAAUCACAUAAUAAUAUUGUAUUUUAUUAAUUACAAUGGAAAAUGAACAAAUUAUAACUGAAGAUUAUAGUGAAAUAAUACAAUAUCUUCCUUUUUCUUUAAAGUUGUUAUAUGGAACAGGACAUGUAUUAAAUGAUAUUUGUGCUUCUAUGUGGUUUACAUAUUUAUUAGUUUUUUUUCAUUUGGUAUUAGGAUUUAACUCAACAUUAGCUGGAGUAAUCUUAUUUAUUGGUCAAAUAGCAGAUGCUUUAGCUACUUCUUUUGUUGGUUUUUAUUCUGAUAAAAAUAAUGACUUUUGGUUAUGUAAAUAUGGAAAAAGAAAAACAUGGCAUUUAAUAGGUACUUUAUGUAUAUUAUUUGCAUUUCCUUUUAUAUUUUCUCAUUGUAUUGGAUGUGAAACAGCUCAUGAAUGGGCUCAAUUGAUUUAUUAUGCAGCAUUUGUAAUAAUUUUUCAAUUUGGUUGGGCAGCAGUACAAAUAUCUCAUUUAUCAUUAGUUCCUGAACUUACAUGUAUUGAAUAUGAAAGAACAGAACUCAUUGCAAUUAGAUAUAGUUUCACAGUUCUUUCAAAUGUUUUUGUUUAUUGUAUUACAUGGGCAAUAUUACAUAUAACAAAUACUAAAGAUUCUAAUUCUCAAAUUGGUCCUGACGAUACAAAAAAAUUUCAAGAAGUUGUAUUUAUUGGAAUUGGAAUAGGAACUAUAACUUCCUUUUUAUUUCAUAUUUUUGUUAAAGAGAAUCUUAAUAAUUCUAAUGGUUUAGUGAAUAGAAAUUCAAGAACAAUAUCAUUAAUAUUAAAAGAUAUUCAAUUAUAUCAAGUAGCUUGUAUAUAUAUGCCUACCCGUUUGUUUAUAAACUUAUCACAAAUUUAUGUACCUUUGUAUUUACAUACAUCAUUAAAUAUGCCAGCUACAUCUUUAGCAAUAAUUCCUUUAAUAAUGUAUUUAAGUAGUUUUGUAAUGUCUUUAAUUAUAGAAAGAUUGAAUACAAAACUAGGUAGAAAAAUUUCAUAUUGUUUUGGUGUUGUAUUAGGUGUAUGUGCUUGUAUUUGGAUACAAUUUGGUAAUGAUUUAACAUACAUAAGAUAUCAAAUCUAUCUAGUAUUUUUAAUAUUAGGAUCUGCUGGUUCUGUUAUGUUAGUGACUAGUUUGGGUAUUACUGCAGAUUUUAUAGGUCAAAAUAUAGAUAAUGGUGCAUUUGUAUAUGGUAUUAUGAGUUUUACAGAUAAAUUUUGUAAUGGUUUAGCAGUUAUGCUUAUUCAAUAUUUAAACUGUUGGAUUGAUUGUAAAAAUUACUACAGAGAUGUUUUAGUUUAUGUUUGUGGUACUUCUGCAAUAUUUGGCAUGUUGAUGAUAUUAUGCAUAAAAUCAUUUCAUCACAACACAACAUAUAAUACAUUACAUUCUGAACAAUCUACAGAACAUAAUAUAUUUGUUACAUCAGCAACAAUUGAGAAUGAAUCUGAUAACUUAUUACAAGAACACAUUACAUAGAAACAAGAAUAUAUUACAUAAUAUAAAAAAUAAGAAUGCAAUCUCAUAAUAAUGAAUAUUUAAAAUAAUGGAAAAUUUUUUUAUGUUAAUAAUAAUUUGACAAUAAUAAAAUAAUAAUAUAUUAUAAAUGUGAUAUUAUAUAUGUAAAAAAAAAUUAUAUUUUUUUAUUUAAUUUGAUAAAUAUAUAUUACAGAAUCAUGAAAUAUUUAAAUUAAUUACAUCAAUUUCAGGUAAGAAACAUUCAAUUAUGAUUGAUUUAAAAGUAAAAAAGAUAGCAAAAUAAAAAGAAAUUUUAUAUAUAUAUAUAUAUAUAUAUAUUAUAAAUUUCUAAAAAUAUUUCUAUCAGCACAAAAAUUAUAUAUAUAAUUAUAAUAAUUUCAAGAAAUGAAAUUAUUUUUUAUUAAAUAAAAAUUAAAUAAAAAUAAUAUACUGAUAUAUCUGAAAAUAAAAUAAAAAAAUCUUUAUUUAAUAACCACAAUGACAAUACUUCUUACCUUGUAUAUUUAUGCAUCUAAAAUAUCUUUUUCAUUGUUAUAUUGAAUUAAAUAUAUAAUAAAUUAAUAAACAGAAUGUUAAUAAAAAUUAAAUUAACACAAUACAAAUAUAUUUUUUAAACAAA